UUCCUCCUCCUCCUCUCAUCGUUAUUCCAAAACCCAGAGUAAAUGGCGACGGAAGUAGCAGCACCGGCACCGCCGUUAUCCGACGUGGAGGACAACACCACCGCCGCCGCGGCAGCAGAGACGAAGAGCAGCGGGCCCCACAAGCUGGAGAGAAAGUGGACCUUCUGGUUCGACAACCAAUCUAAGCCCAAGCAAAGCGGCGCUGCUUGGGGCUCCUCUCUCAAAAAAGCCUACACCUUUGAAACCGUCCAGGAGUUUUGGUGUUUGUAUGAUCAGAUAUUCAAGCCGAGCAAGUUUCCAGCAAAUGCUGAGUUCCACUUGUUCAGGGCUGGGGUUGAACCGAAAUGGGAGGAUCCUGAAUGUGCUAAUGGAGGGAAGUGGACUGUCACAAGCAGCAGGAAGGCCAACCUUGAUACCAUGUGGCUAGAAACUUUGAUGGCACUGAUUGGAGAGCAAUUUGAUGAGGGUGAUGAGAUUUGUGGAGUGGUAGCAAGUGUGCGCCAGAGGCAAGACAAACUUGCAUUGUGGACUAGGAAUGCUGCAAACGAGGCUGCCCAGAUGAGCAUUGGGAGGAAGUGGAAGGAGAUAAUCGAUGUUACUGAUAAGAUCACUUACAGCUUCCACGAUGAUAGUAAAAGGGAAAGAUCAGCGAAGCCUCGAUACAAUGUGUGAUCAUUUUCUCAGUUGUUUUGUGGAAUGGGUCAGCACUCCAUUACCAAGCUUGUCAACACUGUCACAAUUUUUCCGCUGUCCGCUCAUCUAUUGAGAAAAGCUAGAGGAUACAUCUUACAACUUUCUCUUUUUGCUCGAUGUAAUAUGAUUUUGUUCUUCAUGUUUUGACCAAGUAUGUUUGUAAUGCAUUUGUGAUUUACUUCAAUUGACAAUCAAAAUAUUUUGCUAUUUCAAAAUAUCAGAGAUGGAUGAAUAUUGUCAUACUGUGUAGACGAUGAGCCAUUAAAUAUUCGCAUUCACUGA